AUGUCGGUUGCCUUUGCUUCUGCUCGACCCAGAGCCAAAGGAGAGGUCACCCAGCAAACUAUCCAGAAGAUGUUGGAUGAGAACCACCACCUAAUACAGUGUAUUAUGGACUAUCAGAGCAAGGGCAAAACAGCAGAAUGUACUCAAUAUCAACAAAUCUUGCACAGAAACCUGGUUUACUUGGCAACGAUAGCAGAUUCGAACCAGAAUAUGCAGUCCCUGCUUCCAGCUCCGCCGACGCAAAACAUGAACCUGGGCCCCGGAGGAAUGACUCAGAGCGCAUCCAACCCGUCUCUCCAUUCACAGAGCAACCUUAGCGAUGCCAUCGGCACGGGCCUUCCUCCGUCCUCCCUCAUGCAGAGUCAGAUUAGCAAUGGUCCCAAUCAUGUGUCUAUGCAACAGUCAGGACAGAGCACCAUGCCCACGACUUCCUUGAGCAUGGCCGUCAGUAGCCACGGCAGCGGGCCCGGCUAUAGCCACGCAGUGCCUGCGUCUCAGAAUGUACCGAUGCAAAGCCAGGGAUCCAUAGGCAACUACGUCUCACGAACAAAUAUCAACAUGCAGUCGAAUCCCGUUUCCAUGAUGCACCAGCAAGCAGCCACGUCGCAUUACAACUCAGCACAAGGAGGGAGCCAGCACUACCAAGGCCAGUCCUCCAUCGCCAUGAUGAGUCAGAGUAACCAAGGCAACAGCAUGAUGGGCCAGCGACCGAUGGGCCCCUACCGACCCUCGCAGCAAGGUUCCUCUCAGCAAUACAUGGGUCAGGAGGAAUACUACAGCGAACAGUACAGUCACGGGCAGAGUUCAUCAGAGCCCAUGAAUCAGCAAUACUACCCCGACGGUCACAGCGAUUACACGUAUCAACAGUCCUCUUAUUCGGAGCAAAGCUACGACAGGUCGUUUGAGGAUUCUACACAGCACUACUACGAGGGAGGAAAUUCCCAGUACAGCCAGCAGCAAGCGGGAUACCAACAGGGAGCUGCGCAACAGCAGACGUAUACGCAGCAGCAGUACCCAAAUCAGCAAAGCUAUCCUGGGCAGCAGCAAGCAUACGGCCCCACCCAAGGAGCCUCAUCACAAUAUUCCAGCUACCAACAGGGCCAGGGGCAGCAAUAUGGAAGUUACAGAGCAUCGCAGACGGGACCAGCUGCACAGCAACAGAGGCCUUAUGGCUAUGAACAGGGCCAAUAUGGAAACUAUCAGCAAUAA